GCGCGCUCCGCUCGCAACAUGUCGGUGCGUGUAGACCAUCGCGAUCGCGAUCGCUUUUCUAGACAUUCUUCCCGCGCUUCUGUCGAUCUCGCUUUUCCGAGUGGAUCUGCGCGGGAUCAUUCUUUUCGUUCCGUUCACUCGGGUCGUGUGCCGCGUGUAGCUAGCGAUGAUUUAAUGGUGCCAGUGCGCACGUUAAGAUCAGCUUCGUGUCGAGCAGCACCAGGUGCUCCACAUCGCCUCAGACGACACCACUCCUCAGCUGCAGAAUGCGAACGAGCACGUCGUUCGCGUCGCCAUACAUUGGAACUUCCCAACAGUCGUGGUCCCAGCGUCCGAAGCCGGUCCCCAGAGCCGCCUCCUCCAGCUCCCGAGCCGGAGGUUCCACCCGAGGAUGCCGGCAAGGAGGCUCGGAGACGACGCGUGGUCGCCGCCGUCGCCGCUUCCUUCUUCGCGUUGGCGCUGGCUUCUGUCCUCGUGGUGGUGGUGACACUGACUCACAGCUCAGUGCUACGCGCACACAACCAAACAGCCAAGUACUACACGUUCUCCGUGCCGCCGCACCAUCCUCUCAUCCGGCAAGAGAACGAGCGGCUGAUGCACGACGUCCUUCAGGCGGGAAUCGCCAAUCGCACCCUGUCGUCGGGGGCAUUGCGCUGACGCCGCGCUAUUCGCCGCGCCCGCGGCUCGAUAACAUUAGGCCUGCUGCCGCACCGCCCGAGGAGCCUCCGGACUUCACUCCUAGCGUGGACUUACCUUUCACUCCCCACGACACGCAACCUGUGCCGACAGAGGACACACGCAGCGCGCCGGUGAGCGGAGCCGAUGCGGGCCCAGCGUGAUUCAGUCGGAAUACAAUGGUUUCUGUUCUAGGCCUGCUGUUAUUGCGCUGGAAUUAAAACGAACAGACUGUGUAGCGUUCGUUUGCGGGUUCUAUUCGAGAGUUGUGUGGUUUAAAAGUGUAGUUAGAUUUUGUGAAAUUGUGAAUGAUAAAUACGAAAUGUUAAUUGUUAUAAUAAAUAAUACUAUAAUAUAUAUUAUGAGAUUGUAUUGAGAUAGACAGGCAGUACCUGCUUCCGGUAUUUAGAUAAGGAUAUAGAUUAAAUUAUAUUAGUCGGUGGUUAAAUUAUGAUCAUAA